GCCGGAAGCCGGGAGGAAGAGGAGGCCGGGCGAAGUCGACCUGCGCCAGUCCUCGGCUAGGAAAGCCCGUCGUGGGCCCUCGCUGUCCGGCGGAGCCAGCCGCGAGCGCUCCGCGACCAGGCCGGGGGCCAUGGCGACUCCGCGCCGCUGGCCACGGGUCGUCCCCGGGCCGGCGCUGGGAUGGCUACUUCUGCUGUUGAGCGCGCUGUUCCGGGGCCGCGCCUCCCUGCGCCUCCUCGACUUCCCGGCUCUAGUCUGCUCUCAGGAGGGGCUGAACUGCAGAGUCCAGAAUAGUACUUGCCUGGAUGACAGCUGGAUUUACCCUCGAAACCUGACGCCAUCUUCCCCGAAAAACAUCUAUCUCCAUCUGAACGUUUCGUCUACCCAGCACGGAGACCUAGUCCCUGUGUUGCACGUUGAGUGGACCCUGCAGACAGAUGCCAGCAUCCUGUAUCUCGAGGGUGCAGAGCUGUCCAUCCUGAAGCUGAACACCAAUGAGCAGCUGUGUGUCAAGUUCAAGUUUCUGUCCCAGCUGUCGAAUCAUCAUAAGCGGUGGCGGUUCUCCUUCAGUCACUUCGUGGUAGAUCCUGGCCAGGAGUAUGAGGUGACUGUUCACCACCUGCCCAAGCCCAUCCCUGAUGGGGACCCAAACCACAAGUCCGAGACCAUCUUAGUGCCUGACUGCGAGAACGCCGAGAUGAAGAUGACUACACCGUGUGUGAGCUCAGGCAGCCUUUGGAACCCCAACAUCACAGUGGAGACCUUGGACACCCAGCAUCUUCGAGUGGACUUCACCCUGUGGAAUGAAUCCACCCCCUACCAGAUCCUGCUGGAAAGUUUUUCGGGCUCAGAGAACCAGAGCUGCUUUGAAGACAUUAAACAGAUAUCUGCGCCCGGACAGGAGGAAUUCCACCAGCGAUCCAAUGUCACAUUCACUCUGAGCAAGUCUGGCUGGUGCUGCCACCACCUCGUGCAGGUCCAGCCCUUCUUCAACAGCUGCCAAAAUGACUGCUUGAGACACGCUGUGACUGUGCCCUGCCCAGUCAUCUCAGAGACCCCAGUUUCCAUAACAGCCGCAGACUAUAUUCCCCUCUGGGUGUAUGGCCUCAUCACCCUCAUCGCCAUCCUGCUGGUGGGCUCUGUCAUCCUGCUGAUUAUCUGCAUGACCUGGAGGCUUUCUGGUGCUGAUCAAGAGAAGCAUGGAGAUGACUCCAAAGUCAGUGGCAUCUUGCCAACAACAGACCUGACUCCCCCACCCCUGCAGCCCAGGAAGGUCUGGAUCGUCUACUCGGCUGACCACCCCCUCUAUGUGGACGUGGUCCUAAAGUUCGCCCAGUUCCUGAUCACUGCCUGUAGUACCGAAGUAGCCCUUGACCUGCUGGAAGAGCAGACCAUCUCUGAGAUGGGGGUCAUGACUUGGGUGAGCCGGCAGAAGCAGGAAAUGGAGGAGAGCGGUUCCAAGAUCAUCGUCCUGUGCUCCCGAGGGACCCGAGCUAAGUGGAAAGCCAUCUUGGGUUGGGCGGAGCCUGCUGUCCAGCUACGGUGUGACCACUGGAAGCCUGCUGGGGACCUUUUCACAGCAGCCAUGAACAUGAUUCUACCAGACUUCAAGAGGCCAGCCUGCUUCGGCACCUACAUUGUUUGCUACUUCAGUGGCAUCUGUAACGAGAGGGAUGUCCCCGACCUCUUCAACAUCACCUCCAGGUACCCACUUAUGGACAAAUUUGAGGAGGUUUACUUCCGGAUCCAGGACCUGGAGAUGUUUGAACCUGGCCGGAUGCACCAUGUCAAAGAGCUCACAGGGGAAAAUUACCUGCAGAGCCCUAGUGGCCGGCAGCUCAAGGAGGCUGUGGUUAGGUUCCAGGAGUGGCAAACCCGGUACCCCGACUGGUUUGAGCGAGAGAACCUCUGCUUAGCAGGUGACCAAGACCUUCCAUCCCUGGAUGAGGAAGUGUUUGAAGACCCACUGCUGCCACCAGGGGGAAGAAUCGUCAAACAGCAGCCCCUGGUGCGGGAGCUGCCUUCGGAAGGCUGCCUUGUGGUAGAUGUCUGUGCCGGGGAGGAAGAAAGCCGAGUGGCAAAGCUGGAGCCUCAGCUGUGGCCACAAAGACCGCCAAUGGCGCAGACCCUCCACACCUUGGUGCUGCCAACAGAACAGGUCCCUGCAGCUCAUGUGGUGGAGCCUGUCCGUCUUCUAGAUGGCACCGGAGCAGCUACCCAGCUGGCCAUUGCCGAGGACGGCGAGGCUUGCCCGCUGCUUGGGGUCCGGAGGAACAGCAUCCUUUGCCUCCCCGUGGACUCAGAUGACUCGCCUCUCUGUAGCACUCCAAUGAUGUCACCUGACCACCUCCCAGGCGAUGCAAGAGAGCAGCUAGAAAGCCUGAUGCUCUCGGUGCUGCAGCACAGUCUGAGCGCACAGGCCCAGGAGGGCUGGCAGAGGCCUGAGGUGGUCCUCAAGGACUGCAUGCCCUCUGAGGAGGAGCAGCGGCAGUCAGUGCAGUCAGACCAGGGCUACAUCUCCAGAAGCUCCCCGCAGCCCCCCGACUGGCUCACAGAGGAGGAAGAGCUAGAACUGGGUCAGUCCGUUGAGUCUCUCUCUCCGGAGGAACUGCGGAGCCUGAGGAGUCUCCAGAGGCGGCUUUUCUUCUUGGAGCUUGAGAAGAACCCUGGCUGGGACAACAGAGGCCAGGAGCAGAAGAGCAGCCUCCCUCCUGGGCCUCCUAAUCCUGCUACUUAAGAGGAUGUCUGCUGUACUGUGCGUGUGUGGGGGAAGUGCCCAGCUUGGAGACACGGGCAUCUGCGUCUGACAUAGUAUUGGAUGCCUGAAGUCCCAGCACGUGGGGGCUGGGACUUGAUGGUCUCCUGAACACAGGGGUUCAGGGCCAGUAUGAAAACAUAGCAAGGUCUCAGAGAAAUAAAUGCAGACAUCUUGGUUCUGGUCCCUAAACGCUCCCCUGUACCUGAUAUGGACGGAACGUCUGGUCAUCAUUGCACAAGAGUCCACAGCCCGCUCCCAGAACCAACAGCCAAGUGUGGCGCUCACUCCUUGAACAUUUAUUCUGUACCUACUAGUCAGGCAUUUGGAAUUCAAAAACAAGUUACAUGACACAGUCUUGGCCACUAAGAAGCUUAACAUUCAGUAAAGAUGUGAAAUUAGCCAGAAUGAACAGAGGGCCCCUCCCCUGGCCGCAGAAGGGGGGGCGGGGAUCGGGGUCUGGGCAGGAGGGGAGCUGCAUUCCUGGGGGAGCAGCCUUCGGCUUGGGUAUCAAGGAGCCAGAGUGAGCUGUGUGCUAGGGUGGGAGCAGCUGGGGACUGCUUUCAUAAGUGGAUCUGCUGCCCUGUGGGGGAGCAAACUAUGCCAGAGUUCCCCAGAAGUCUUCUCAGAUCGGUUUUUUAGAAAGAGUCAGUAUAGAAACGGGUGAUGCAAACUUGAGAAGCAGGAAGAGGCGUGUGAAAUCCUGUGCUCAAGUGCUGGCUGCCAGUCCGUGGGAGAGCUGAGGCAUGUGAUUCUUCGUGGGCUGCAGGCACCAGAUCCCAGCAGCUUGGGAGUCUAAGAUCCCUCGGCUCUACCUCAGGGUACAGUGAUGGAAUAAAGAAAGGUG